AUGUAUCCCAGGGAGCCUUACCCUGUUCCAAGCAACAACCCGGCCUGUCAGUAUACGCUCAUCGAGAAGCUGGGAACAGGCAGCUUCGGGGUCGUAUACAAGGCUAUGCACAACGAAACCAAGCAGAUAGUUGCUAUCAAGCAGAUUGAUUUAGAAGACUCUGAUGAUGAUAUCUCGGAAAUUCAGCAAGAAAUUGCCAGUCUCGCUCAAUGUGAUUCGGAAUACGUCACCCGUUAUUACGGGUCAUUCGUUGUUGCUUACAAGCUAUGGAUCGUCAUGGAGUACCUGGCUGGGGGAUCAUGUCUUGACCUCCUGAAAGGCGGCGUGUUCUCUGAAGCGCACAUCGCAGUUGUUUGUCGGGAGCUUCUGCUAGGUCUCGAAUAUUUGCACGCGGAAGGCACCAUCCAUCGUGACAUCAAAGCUGCCAAUGUCUUGCUUUCUGCUAGUGGAAAGGUCAAACUUGCCGACUUCGGAGUGGCGGCACAACUAACCAGCACGCUGAGACACACAUUCGUGGGUACUCCAUUUUGGAUGGCACCGGAGGUCAUCCGACAGGCGGGUUACGACGCGAAGGCAGAUAUGUGGAGUUUAGGCAUCACAGCCAUAGAAAUGGCGAAAGGAGAGCCGCCACUGGCCGAGUAUCACCCCAUGCGGGUUCUCUUCCUUAUUCCAAAGGCGAAACCACCAGUCCUUGAAGGUUCAUUCUCUGCCGCAUUCAAGGAAUUCGCGUCACUCUGUUUGACGAAAGACCCUGCUGAUCGUCCUACAGCCAAGGAACUUUUGCAACAUAGAUUUAUCAAAAGCGCAAAGAAGACAUCGUAUCUCACAGAGUUGGUCGAGAGGUACCAGGAGUUCCGUGCCAAGUCGCCACAGAAAGGUCAGCCUACAGCAUACCAAGCGACCGUUCGUGGCACGGCAAUGUGGGAGAGCAACGACACAAUUCGAAGUGACUGGAACUUUGACACCGUCAAGUCGACUUCCAUUAUGGGUACAUUUAGUAGUGUUGCCAAGGAUUUGGUGCCUGACAUGGACGAUGAAGACAUGGGUGACGAGGAACGCUCGAUAUACGAGGAUGACGAGGGCUCGAUUGAAACCGGAGGAGCUAUCAAUGGAAGCGCUCCGUCCGGUUCUGGGGGGAUCGGAAUAAAUAUUGGUGCAGCGCACUCCACUGUUGCCAUCAAGACUCCUCUCGAUGAACCAGAUAUUUCAGUGCUUCUCGCUGCUGAAGAAGGUUCAGAAAGCGAAUCUGUAGAUGGUGCCGAACCAAGAACACCGCCAUCCCAAGUUACUCACCCUGUAGAUGAUGAAACGUUUUUGGGCUCACCUCCAGCAUACACCGGCUCCAUCCGCUCGGCAAUGAGGUCUUCGUACGCUGCAAGACACAAGAUGACUGGUGCUGGUACUAUCAUGCGGGAAGCAGAUCUAGGUUCCGGCGUAGACACCAUCAGACCUGUCAAAAGAGUCGACGCAGCUGCUUCUCUGAGACUAUCUGCAGAGUACGUCGGCACUAGGAGUAGAGAAACUUCGCCAUCAUCCCCUACUACUCCAUCCAAAGACCGGCCUUCUUCGUCGUUCAAGCGGAGGGUAUCUGAUGCUGAGCGGGCGGGAAGGGUCAUGAUUGAUGAUGUCGUCCUCCCCGUUCUUCAAAACGCCAUCCGAGAUGACAUGGAUGCUCGAGAGAUCGAGUCACUCAGUAUGAUCUCUCGUGGCUUUGCCGAAUUGAGAGAGGCGAAUCCUGCCCUAUCUUACAGCCUCAUUCUCGACAUGCUCUCUGGUAUCAACGAAAACCCCUCUGUCCGACAAUACGUUCAAACUUCUCGGGGACUAUUUCCUCACAAACGCGUCAUCCGGAAGAGCGAGAUGACUGCAAAAGGCCUUGUGGUCACCGAAGUCCAGGAAGAUAUCAGUGGACUCCCCAUGGACUCGAGCGCCUCAUCAUUAAACUCCCUCAAAGCUGACGGCUCUGGAUCACCCGUCCGAAAGACACCUAUCUCUGAGUUGCUCUACAUGCGUUGGUUGGAGGGCCUGCGAAUCAAGUGGCCCAGCAUUUUGUCGUAA